UAUAUUUUAAACUACUUUUUACGGUAAUUUAUAUUAAUUGACCAAGGCAAUUUUUAAUAAUUAAUCACGGCAAAUUUAAUGCAUGAAUCAUGGCAAUUUUUAGUGAUCCAUCAUGACAAAUUUAGUUUAUAGAUCAUAGCAAUUUUAGUAUUUUGACCAUGACACCCAUGUAAAUUAUUUUUUGUGUGAACCAUGACAAAUUUAAGUGCAUGUAUCAUGGCAAAUUUAAGUAAUUCACUAUGUGAAUGUAUGUGUGUAUGUAUAAGCGUUUGCAUGUAUACUGUGUUAAAAAAAAUCAUCAUGGCAAUUUUAGUUUAUGGCUUAUGGCAAGUCUAGUUUCUUAAUUCCCCAUUUUAUAAUAUGUCCAAAAUUACUUUUAGAGGUAAAAGAAAAAAUAGCUGAAACAUAUCAUAACAACUUUAAUGUAAACACCGUGGCAAUUCAUGUGCAACAGACAUGUCAACUUUUAACCCCAAAAAGAAGUCGUCAAAACAUAUUAAUAUGAAAUCUAGUUUCGAAGACCUCGUCACGAUGAAUUUAAUGGUAAAACGGAUCUUCAAUCGGAUUUUUCAUUUAAAAGAUAAAACAUUUUAAAAAUUAGAAAUUCAAAAAGAUUCUAACAUAUAUGCAUGCGAUGACGUGACUCAAUAUUUAUGUUAUAGGUGUGUGAGCGGAUGUUGCUCCCAUCACACAUGUAGGCGGUAUCAGCGUCCAAUAAAAAUUGAUCCUAAAACAAAUCGGAGAUCGCACAGGAGAAGCUUUCUCGUUCAGUUAUAGCUUGCUACUAUUAUAUGCUAUGGCUGCAUUGGGGUUCAACGCUUGUUCCGUCAAGGUUGGGCUUGUUUAGUCUCUGACACUCAUCAAGGCUAGGUGGAGCUUCGUCUUGUCCAUGGAUAUACAAGCGCGCGAGCGCGAGCGCGACGCGAUGUUUUUCCAACAUGAAGAAAAUUUAGCCAGAGUUUUGCAUGGCAAUGGAGCCACAAAGGGCGGGGAGAGUGGCGUUGGUGGUCGGUCACUCCGGUUCCACACUUGGCGCCUCCUGCCUUCUCCCCCACCCAAUAAAAGAAGCAUGCAUGCUUGCUUUGCAUGCCCCGUUGCUUCUUGUUGGGAAAUAGAAAGGGUUCCGGUAGACCCAUUUGAAAGACGCUCCUUUUAUUUCAUAAUCCAUCGCUACGUCUCCAAGCAAAGCGCGCAGAAAGCUCGACAUUGAUCUGCAGCCGCGGUGGUGCCGCCGGUCGGAACGAGGCACCCUUCUCGCUUGCCAUCGAAUUCGACGCCGGCCGGCACUGGAGUCUGGAGCUGCCGAUCCAGUGAUUCAUCGUGCUCGGCCAUUGAGGCCUAGCGCAUGAGCUUGCUGGAACAAGAGCUGUAGGAAAGGGAAGAUGCCGUUGUUUGAUCGAGAUCGCUACCAGAGGCUGCCGCUGGACGUCAGCGGCGGUGGCGCCCGGCGGCCCGCGUCGUCCUGCGCGACGGCCACGGUCGUCCUCUUCGUGGUGCUCUGCCUCGUCGGCGCGUGGAUGAUGGCGUCCACGAGCAACGUCCCGAUGGGCGUCUCACCGGACAAGUCCGGGGAGGAAACGGACGUCGCCUUGACCCGCAGUGUCGUCAAGGGAGGCGACGCCGAAGACAUGACGAAGACAACAGACAAGGCCGCCAAGGAGAAGGACGACGACGACAGUCCCGCCGUGCAAAGGACGGAGGUCGACCAGAGCGCCGAGACGACGACAGAUGCCGACGCCAACAGCACUACUGGAGGCAAGCCCGACGGCAACACCGUAGCCGGGGCCGAGUCACCGUCCAAGAACCUCACAUUCCCUGAGGACAGCGGCAUGACGGAUGGCGGGGAUGUGGCAAAGCCGGAGGAAAACCCUGACAAGAAAGUCCAGAGUAACACAGAGGAGGCCACGACCGACGAUCCGUCGACAGGCACGAACCAGAGCGGCGGCAACAGCGCCGAGCAGAACACGGAGGAGGAGCCUAGAAACACCACGGACACUGGUGACCAGGUUGAUAAGAGCUCCGACACUAUGGAGAACGACGGUCAGGACGAGGCGGCGCCGACCGAGAAGAAGGGUGAGAAAGAUGAUAACAUCACCAACAAGAAUGCUGAAGAGACGCCGGCCUACGCAAAAGAAGCUAACGAAGACGGCACGGAGAAGAACCAGACGGCCUUCGACGACCGGACCGGUGACGACACUGGCGCUGCAUCCAAGAACCAAACUGUCAUCGACAAGAAGGACACGCCCAGGAACCAGACAUCUACAUCUGUAGAUGGCACACUCUCUGAAGAAGACGGGAUGGUUCUAACCAACAGUAGCAGCACCACCCAAGGCGAAGAGAGGCCAGUGACGGAGCCGGUGACCGGUGGCGACACAGAAACGGCAGAGCUGCUGCCGAGCGGGCAGGCAGAGCUGCUCAACGAGACUACGACGACGGCCGAGCAGGACGGCACGUUCCCGACACAGGCGACGGAGUCGAGCGAGGAGGAGGCGCGAACCAGCAGGAAGAAGAAGGAGCACAAGAAGAAAGACAAUGUGGUCGUCGGCGGCGGUGAGUCCUCCACAGAGGAGGCCUCGUACGUCUGGAAGCUGUGCAACACGACCGCCGGCGCGGACUACAUCCCGUGCCUGGACAACGAGGCGGCCAUCAAGGGUCUCAAGAGCAACAAGCACUACGAGCACCGCGAGCGGCACUGCCCGUCCCCAGCGCCGUCAUGCCUGGUGCCGCUGCCGGAGGGCUACCGGCAGCCGAUCCCGUGGCCGGAAAGCCGCGAGAAGAUCUGGUACAACAACGUGCCGCACACCAAACUGGCGCUGUACAAGGGGCACCAAAACUGGGUGAGGGUCUCCGGCGACGGCGAGCACUUGGUGUUCCCCGGCGGCGGCACACAGUUCCUGAACGGCGCGUCGCACUACAUCGACGUGAUUCAGGAGGCGCUCCCAGCGGUGGCGUGGGGGACACACAGCCGUGUGGCGCUUGACGUCGGCUGCGGCGUGGCAAGCUUGGGCGGGUACCUGUUCGACAAGGAGGUGCUAACCAUGUCUUUCGCGCCCAAGGACGAGCACGAGGCGCAGGUGCAGUUCGCGCUGGAGCGCGGGAUCCCGGCUAUCUCCGCGGUGAUGGGCACGAAGCGGCUCCCCUUCCCCGGCGGCGCCUACGACCUGGUGCACUGUGCGCGGUGCCGCGUGCCGUGGCACAUCGAGGGAGGCAAGCUGCUGCUGGAGGUGAACCGGCUGCUCCGUCCCGGUGGUCUCUUCGUGUGGUCAGCCACGCCGGUGUAUCGGAAGGACGCGGAGAACGUGGGGAUCUGGCAGGCCAUGGCUGCACUGACCAAGUCCAUGUGCUGGGAGAUGGUGACGAGGACGAGCGACACGGUGGACCAGACCGCCAUGGUCAUCUUCAAGAAGCCGUCCAGCAACGAGUGCUACAGCAAGAGGAGCCGGGCGGAGCCGGCGCUGUGCGAGGAGUCGGAUGACCCCAACGCCGCAUGGAACAUAACGCUACAGGCGUGCAUGCACAGAGUGGCCACCGAGCCAGGGGCGCGAGGCUCGCGGUGGCCGGAGCAGUGGCCCGAGAGGCUGACGGCGGCGCCCUACUGGCUGAACGAGAGCCAGGUGGGCGUGUACGGCAAGCCUGCGGCGGAUGACUUGGCGGCGGACACUGAGCACUGGAGGAAGUCGGUCAACAGCUCGUACCUGAGCGGCAUGGGCAUCGACUGGAACAACGUGAGGAACGUCAUCGACAUGCGAUCCGUCUACGGCGGGUUGGCGGCGGCGCUGCACGACAUGAAGGUGUGGGUGAUGAACAUCGUGCCGGUGGAGUCGCCGGAUACGCUGCCCAUCAUCUACGAGCGCGGGCUCUUGGGGAUGUACCACGACUGGUGUGAGUCUCUGAGCACCUACCCGAGGUCGUACGAUCUCGUCCACGCCGACCAUCUCUUCUCCAAGCUCAAGUACAGGUGCAAGGUGAGGCUGGUGAUGGCGGAGGUGGACCGGAUCCUCAGGCCGGAGGGCAAGAUGAUAGUCCGUGAAGACAGGGAGACGGCCGAGGAGGUGGAGAGGAUCGCCACAUCUCUGCAUUGGGAGGUCCGGAUGGCCGUGUCAAACGAGGGGGGGGAGAGGCUGCUCUGCUUCCACAAGACCAUGUGGCGACCCACCCAAGUCCAACCACUGGGCUCCUAGGAAUAUACUACGUACUACUUUCCUAGCAAAGCAAAACAUAUGAGUAUGACAGCAGCAAUAAUGAAAAUAAUCCUCUAGAGUUAUUCUUCACACUUUUGUGCUUGUACAAUGAAACGGUGAAGAACUUUAU